CCUCAUUGCACCCAAUCUUCCCUUACAAUGGAUAAAGCUCACACUUUUACAGUAUAAGCCGCCCUGCUCAAACCCUUAUCCCAACGUUUCGCUCUCUCACGCUUUCAUUUACAGGUUGUUCGUCGUCCUUUCUCUUCCAACAUACCAAAACCCUUCAACCCAACUAAGUCUUAGAUAAGUUUAUAAUAGUCAUCAACUUCAACCUUCUUCCCCGCCAUGUCAACGUAUCUUCGAGCACUACCCACGCUAGGUCUGCGUCUGAGACCAUUUUUUCUCACAUCCUCGUCUUUAUUGCGCACGAAUCUGAGAAUACCCAUAAAGGAGCGUCAAUGUCUGAAUAAAUGCGCCUACUCUGUUUCUUCCUCGGCGAUUAAUUCAUUACCUCCAACAGAGACCACAGUUUCAGGCGCCAAAAAAACGGAUUUACUUCUCAAGGAUGCUCUCCAGUGGGUUAAUAGAACUGGAUUUUGUGGCGAAUUAUCAGAGAAAGAUGUGGGCAGUCGGGUAACAUUAUGUGGAUGGGUUGCACUGCAUCGGGUUCACGGAGGUCUGAUUUUCCUCAACCUCAGAGACCACACUGGAAUUGUACAGAUAACCACACUCCCUGAUGCCUUCCCUGAUGCUCAUUCAACUAUAAAUACCUUGAGGCUUGAGUAUGUAGUAGCAAUUGAAGGUGUUGUCCGAACAAGACCAAUCGAGUCAAUUAAUGAGAAGAUGACAACAGGCUCAAUAGAGGUUGCUGCAGAACAUGCUUUGGUGUUGAACGCUGUGAGAUCUAGGUUACCAUUCUUGGUUACUACUUCAGAUGACACAAAAGAUUCUGUUAAAGAGGAAAUACGUUUGAGAUACCGUUGCCUUGAUUUGCGUCGUCCUCAAAUGUCUUCUAAUAUAAAGUUGCGACAUCAAAUAGUGAAACUCAUCCGACGAUACUUAGAGGACAUACAUGGUUUUAUUGAGAUUGAGACUCCUAUACUUUCCAGAUCUACACCAGAAGGUGCCCGUGAUUAUUUAGUGCCUUCAAGAGUUCAGCCAGGAACAUUCUAUGCUUUGCCUCAAAGUCCCCAGCUAUUUAAGCAGAUGCUGAUGGUUUCUGGUUUUGAUAAGUAUUAUCAAAUAGCAAGAUGUUUCCGUGAUGAAGAUCUGAGGGCAGACAGACAACCGGAAUUUACCCAAUUGGACAUGGAGAUGGCUUUCACUCCUUUGGAAGACAUGCUAAGGCUCAAUGAAGACCUGAUAAGAAAGAUCUUCUGGGAUAUUAAAGGCAUCCAGCUUCCCACUCCUUUUCCAAGGCUUACCUAUGCUGAUGCAAUGAGCCGGUAUGGCUCAGACAAGCCAGAUACCCGUUUUGGGCUUGAACUGAAAGAUGUAUCUGAUCUAAUGGAGGACGUCUCCUUCAAGGUUUUUGCUGACACAGUGGCUGGUGGGGGUAUAGUUAAAGCAUUAUGUGUGCCGCAAGGAGCAAAAAGCUAUUCAAACACUUCCCUUAAGAAAGGUGAUAUUUAUGGAGAGGCAAUCAAAUCUGGAGCAAAAGGUUUACCCUUUCUGAAGAUCCUAGAUGAUGGGGCUAUUGAAGGAAUCCCGACAUUGGUAUCUAGCCUGGAUCCACAAAAAAAAGACCAAUUAUUGAAAAGAUGCUCUGCUUGUCCAGGUGACCUCAUCUUGUUUGGCGUGGGUGACCAUUCAUCUGUUAAUAAAACCUUAGAUAGGCUAAGGUUAUUCCUGGCUCAUAACUUAGGCCUGAUUGAUCAUUCCAGGCAUUCGAUUCUGUGGGUGACUGAUUUCCCGAUGUUUGAAUGGAACAACAUUGAACAGAGGUUUGAGGCCUUGCAUCAUCCAUUUACUGCUCCAAACCCUGAAGACAUGAAUGAUCUUUCAUCUGCCCGUGCGUUAGCCUAUGAUAUUGUCUACAAUGGUGUUGAGCUUGGAGGUGGAAGUUUGAGAAUAUAUAAACGUGAGGUCCAGGAAAAGGUUUUGCAAGUUGUGGGCAUUGGAAGUGAGCAGGCUCAAGAGAAAUUUGGUUUUCUUUUGGAGUCAUUGGACAUGGGUGCUCCUCCACAUGGCGGGAUUGCUUAUGGGGUAGAUAGGUUGGUAAUGCUGUUGGCGGGAGCAAGUUCCAUAAGAGACGUAAUUGCUUUUCCAAAGACGACAACUGCCCAAUGCGCCCUCACGAGUGCGCCCUCACAGGUGGAUCCUCGCCAGCUCAAAGAUCUUUCGCUGCAAACCACCCACACCCACUAGUGUGUGUGUGUGUGUGUUUUCACUAAUUUUGUUUGUUUGUUUGUUUCCUGCAUGAAACAACAGUUGUAUGUGCUGACAAACAUAUAUAUGAGAUCUUAUCAAGGAAGUAAGGAUAUUUUCACAAUAUUGAAACAUGAGAUAUUUUGAUGACAAGGAUAACUUUCUCAUCAUUUCUCCACCAGAUAUUAUGGAUCUCUUGAAUAAGCUUAUUAGGAAACAAUUGGACCCUUUUCAUCAACUGUUAGUCUGAUUUCUUGUUUCUUUCCUUACUUA